UUGAAAAUGGAAGUACUUCCAGACUUAAUUGAGAAAGACAUCGGGAUAACAAUUAGGCAAUGUGAAAUCCUUGGACCUUUAGGCUUGAUAGUCCAAGGCAUCCUUGGAGUAAUGUCCCUGUCUUCUUUACUAAUCAAGAGAUAUAUGGAGAGACCACAAAGGCCUUGGAAUAUCUGGUUUUUGGACACCUCGAAGCAAGUCUUUUCUGCGGGACUUGUCCACUGUCUUAAUAUGGUCCUUUCUACAUUACUCAGUGAGUCAAGCGUUACCGAUAACUGCGAAUGGUAUUUCAUCAACUUCGCUGUAGAUGUUGGAAUUGGUACGAUUCUCUGUUUUGUAAUCAUCAAAAGUAUUGAAGCUUUCGCUGCUGUGAAUGGGAUAGAUGCUCUCAACACAGGAGUUUAUGUUCAUGAAGAUUACUCACACCCUGAAAAUGUUAACCUUGAGCCAACAGAACAAGAAACUGGUCAUAUUAUUGACUACAGAAUAUGGGGACUACAACUUUUUGUCUGGACAUGCGUGGUGCUCAUAGUGAAAAUAUCAUUAUUCUUCACCGUGAAGAUAUUUUCACCGAUUUUUGAAGAUCUAGCAGAUUUCUGCCUUGGAUGGCUUAAGCAGUUCCCAGAUUUAAAGCUGGUUUUCAUCAUGAUUCUGAUCCCAAUCACGCUGAAUGUAAUCCAGUUUUGGAUUCAAGAUAAUAUUUUGAAAGGGAAAAAGGAGAAUAUACUUAAAUUUAUCCAUAGUCCAUACCAUGAAAGGUGUCAUACUCCUCAAGUACCACCUAAGUUUCUUUCAAGAUCAAGCAAUCUCGAUAGGAUGUCUAGGAAGGAAGAAAGAAAACUCAGUAUUUCUGAGUAUUGAACAUAAAUAUUUACUCUUUGGUAAGGUAAAAUCAUUCAAUUUGAAUA